AUGUACGGGAGAACAAUUUUAUCAAAGACUGUCGGAACCAAAUCCUUUUCGAUAUUGUCCCCUUUGCGAGCCAAAUCAACACCUGUUGCUGAAAAGAAAACAGCUAAUGGAUACAAAUUCGAGCAAUUGUCUCCAGCCCAAAAGGCUUACUUGGAUAGAGUAAUUAGGGUGGAUCAAGCUGGGGAGUUAGGCGCAGAUUAUAUUUACAGAGGUCAAAUAUAUGUAUUGAGCCAUAAAUAUCCACAUCUGAGACCCAUUUUGGAUCACAUGUGGAAACAAGAGGUUCAUCAUCGUAGUACUUUCAAUAACUUACAAUUGAAACAUAGGACGAGACCAUCUUUAAUUACUCCACUGUGGAAAUUAGGUGCUACUGUCAUGGGAGUUGCACCAGCGUUAAUUUCACCAGAGGCUGCAAUGGCUUGUACAGAGGCUGUAGAAACAGUAAUUGGCAAUCAUUAUAAUGAACAAUUACGUUGUUUGGCCAAUCAGUUCAAUAUUUCGAAGACAGAUGGUUCUAAAGACGAACCACAAGAGAUAAAAAAACUAACUGAUAUAAUUAAGGAAUUUAGAGAUCAGGAGUUGGAACAUUUAGAUACUGCCAUCAAGAAUGAUUCACAUAUGGCUGUUCCAUACAAAUUAUUAACCGAAGGAAUUAAAUCUGUAUGUAAAGCAGCAAUUUGGACUGCUGAAAGAAUCUAG